AUGUGGUUCUCCACAUCGUCGACGGCCUCUCGUGGCCUGGUGUGGUUCACCAUUGCGCUUUCGAUGGUUGGGAUCGCCGUGGUGAACGGGCAAGGCUUUCACAUGCCGGAGCACCGGCUGGUCGAGCGUCAGCUACCGGAUCUGAGCAACAUUUCAUCCUGUGGAAUAAACUGCCUAGUCCAGAGCAUCACAGGGUCGGGUUGCGACAUCACCAACACGACAUGUUCCUGUGCCAGCUCUCAGCUUGGCCAGUUGGCCGCGAGCUGCCUGAUUGCGAACUGCACGAUGCAAGACUCUUUAGAUCUCGCAAAACUGCAGGCCUCGCAAUGCAACCUACCGCACGAGUCUGAGACGACCAAGUUGCUGGCCAUUCUCAUAACCGUAUACGUGACGGCUCUGAUAGCGAUCGGUCUGCGACUUGUAGCGAAAAGCUAUGCCAGGAUCUGGAGCAUAGACGACGCACUCAUCGUCUCCGCGAUUGUCAUCGCCGUCGGGCCUUUCUCAUUUGUCAUACUGAUGGCAACAAAAGGGUUCGGAACUCAUCUGUACGACCUACAAUCUGGCGACUUAUCAGAGAUCCUGCGAUUGUUGUACGCCGCCGAGAUCAUUUACGUCUUCGUCCUUCUUUUCGCCAAACUGUCGUUGGUAGUCUUCUAUCUCCGCAUCUUCACGGUCACGAGAUUUCGCAUUUCCGCAUACGCAUUAAUCGCCUUUCUGGUGGUGGGACAAGUCAUCAUCGGAUUCCUCACGAUCUUCUCCUGCCAUCCCAUCGAACUGUUCUGGAAUAAAGACAUCCACACUGGAGGCUGUCUCGACAUUAAUCAACUAGCAUACGCGAACUCGGCGCUGGCCAUUCUCCAGGAUCUCAUCAUCCUCGCUCUGCCGAUAGCGAUGCUCCCAGGCCUACAGAUGAACAACAAUAAGAAGAUUUCGGUCGCCAUCAUCUUCCUGCUCGGCUCGGUCGGGUUCAUAUCCACCAUUGUCCGCCUCCAAGUCCUUGCGGUGUUCGGCAACUCAAUCGAUCCGACGUGGGACUAUGUACCCGUGGUGUGGUGGACGGUCAUUGAGCUCGGCGUCGUGAUCGUGUGCGCGUGUCUACCGAUGAUUCGCAACUUGGUGGAAAAGGUCUUCCCCAACCUGAGGUUCUUCAAAUGGACCUCGCCAAAACCCUCGAAAGACAGCCUCGGGUCUUCCACGACGGAAGACAAGUCGUUCAAGCUGCCGAGAUAUCAAAAGUUCGGCCGGAGCCGCAGUCCCCCGCAAUUCAGCGACAACUACGUACGCGACCACAUCGGAAGCCCUUCAACAAAGGGCGGGGAGGCACAGUCGUCGUCGACCAAGUACCGCGACAUGUAUGCCUACGGCGGGUCAAAACCAAAGGUUCUCGAGCCCCCGACCUCGCCGCCUCAGCCGUACGACUUGUCGUGGAGAUCCACAAACCCGUACGGCAUUUCAGUCGAUAAUCCGUACGCGGUCGGGAAAACUAAUUACAACCUGGAAAUGCAGAUGUUGGAAAGAAAAGAGAGGAACUUUGACGGAGAACACCCCGAAGAGAAGUACUACGGCCGGGCGAUUUCGAAGGGUGAACACCCGAUAUCGCCAAUAUCAGAGAGAUGUUCGCAUUGCGGUCAACAUCGUUGUGCGGAUGUGUGA